AGGGCUGAAAGCAGUGAAACCAGCUGGCCAGAGACUGCAGCCUCUGAGACCAUGAGCAAAAGGAAGCUCUUUAAACAGGAAGGUAUAAAUAGCUCCUGGAAGUCCCUGAAACUGACCAGAUUCACUCGGCUCCUCCCUGCUAGAGUCAGCAAUAAAAGCUGCAAAGACGACUCAGACCAGCUAAGCAGAAGACGACUCUCAGAUAAGCCAAGCUGGGACCAGAGACCAACAGAGCUGCCUGUCAGAGUUAGACCUGUCACUUGGAAGGGACACUUUUCGACCUGUCGAGCUGCCCACAGGCUGUGCAGUGUGCUUCAGGUUUCCCAGCGUCGUGAGCUGUCAUCCAUGCUGGGGUGGGCCUUGGUGCACACACUGUGACCAACGCAGCAGCAGCAGCAGCAGCAGCAGCGGCAAGGUGGAUUUCCUUUGUGUUUAAAGAGAGAAAAAGAAACAUGUCCCCGUGUCUGUAGAGAUGAUUUGCAGUCCAGCCCGGCUGAAGCUGACCGAAUGAGAGUAUGGGCUGUGCCUCCGCCAAGCAUGUUGCCACUGUUCAAAAUGAAGAGGAAGCUCAGAAAGGGAAGAACUACCAGAACGGAGAUGUGUUUGGCGAUGAGUAUAGAAUCAAACCCGUGGAAGAGGUCAAAUACAUGAAAAACGGGGCAGAAGAGGAACAGAAAAUCGCAGCCAGGAACCAAGAAAACCUGGAAAAAAGUGCCAGCUCAAAUGCAAGGCUUAAAACUAAUAAAGAAAUCCCUGGAUUGGUCCAUCAACCCAGAGCAAACAUGCACAUCUCUGAAAGCCAACAAGAAUUCUUCAGAAUGCUGGAUGAGAAAAUUGAAAAGGGUUGGAAUCUCACAGAACUCUUAGGUGCUGUCAGCCAGGUCCCUUAAGGAGCAGCAGGAGAGGCAUUUGGGUUCUGCAGCAGUGGUGUGAUGAAUGAAAGGGAAGCCACGCUGUUGCUAUGAGGAAUCCAUGGCCGACAGCCCUGUGGUCUCAGAGCAGUUAAGCCCUCAGUAAACAGCUUCAUCUUGCCACUCGACCAGGCAGGGGGCCCCAGAGCAGCACUCGGAGCUGCGGAUGCUUAUACAGCUUGGUCGUGGUCCCGUUGCCUUCCUACCCUCCGUGGUUCUUCCGCUGCCUGUCUGCUUCCCCCUGGCAGCCCUUCUGCUGUUUGAAUCUGGCAUCUACGAGCGUGACUGUCGCCUCACAGCCAGUGCUCUGGGAUAGACUGUCAAGCUUGGCAGAUGCUUGGCUCUGUUACUUAAGAAGACCUAGCAAGGUGUGGUAGCACACACCAAAAAAAAAUCUCAGCGGCUCAGAAGUCUGGACAGGGUUGUAAUUUCAAGGCCAGUGUGGACUGUACGGCUUGAGGUGAGAGCCAUCCUGGGAAAUUCAGUGAAACCCUGUCUCAAAAUAAGAAAUAAAAAAUGAGGCUAGAAAUGUAGCCCAGUGGUAGAGCACUUGGCCUAGCAUUUUCCAAGCCUGGUCAUGUCAACGCUAGUACUGGAAUUAAAAAGUAAAAAAAAAUAUUGGAAGCAAUAAGCAGAUCUCUAAGCUUAAAAACUGGGUCUCCCUUGUCUUUGUUUCCCUAGAAGGUAGUGUAAGACAUGGGCCACCUGCUGGAUUAGUGAGCUAUACAGAUAGACCACAGGGCUUCAACAGGCAGGUUGUCAGAGGUGGAGACAUGGUUGAGAAGAUGCCCCUGACCAGUCUGGGUUAGGAGAUCCUUUUAACAGUGUGGAGCAGCAUGAGAGCACACAGCAGGUCCAUUGCCAGGGAGCACAAUCCAUCCGGUCUAAGGAAGAACGAUUGUGACCCAAGAGAGAGCUUCAAACCUGAGCCACAUCUAGGAACUGGCUCCAGCUAAUGUGACUCGGGCUAAUCACUUAAACUCUCUAAUCUUCCGUUUCCACACAGAUGAGAUUUGUAUAAUAAUACUAACUUGGGAAAUUCAAGAAAAUACAUACACAGAGCUAUGGCUGUGGCGUAGAUUCCCCGUGUUCCGCGGGUUUUCUUUUGAAGUGGUGCGCGUGUGUCACCCAACAUUUCAGAGGUCUGUGGUAGAAACUGAAAAUGAAGAAUUGAGCUCAAAUCUUGCCUAAGCCAGCCCUUCCUGUGGCGAGCAUCUCUCCUUGGAGAGAAAAUGUUAGAAUAGGCCAUCUCCAGCACACUGGCCAUCUUACUCUGUGGCAUAACCUUGUCCUGGAGUUAGAGAGUCCUGGGAAAAUGUAUAGAGCUACUGUGACUGCAGAAUGUGUCAGUCAGUGGCAGGGUACAUCUGAAUCCUCAUCGACAUUUUUCUAUUGGAGGCUUCUUCGAACUCCUGUAGGCUUUUUGCAGCUUGCUUUUAUGAGACUUUUAACCAUGUGCAUUCAUACCACCCCCAGAAUGCUUGUGACGAUAAUAGGGACCAAAAAAAAAGUUGAGGAAAGCAGCACCCGUCAACAUCAAAGAGACACUCAGGCUGGCUUCUUGGAUUCCUUUAAUAAGCCUCAGUUCUGAGGUCAGCAUCCUGACUCGGUUCCCUGGACCAGCAGGGACCGGUACCAAGGGAGGGACAAAGUGAAGCAUUAGAAUAGAGAACUUGCUUUCUUCUGGACGAUUCUAAUCCAGAGCCGUAACUGUGUAAGGAGCUGUGGAGAAGGUCUUAACCCCAUCCCUCCCACUUCAUCUUCCUCCACGGCAAAGAGUGAAGCUGGCCAGCGUCCGUCAGUCAGGAGAGAAGUGUGAGGCAUCCUGUGCUCCCAUGAUGCUUUAAGUAUUUAGUCUAGGCAGAGGCAGGUGGAUCUCUGUGAGUUCAAGGCCAGCCUGGUCUCCAAAGCGAGUUCCAGGAAAGGCACAAAUCUACACAGAGAAACCCUGUCUCUAAAAACCAAAAAAAAAAAAAAAAAAUUUAGUCUGGGGCCUCUUGUUAGUCCUGGAAAACCUAGUGCAUGGAGACGUAGUCUGCUCUGUCCUAGAGGAAUCUGCCUCUUCUGGACUGCCCUCACUUCAGGUCUACUUUAUAAUGCUUGACACACUCAUAUUUUCCAUCUUGAUUUUUGGACGUUUGGAGCUGGGCAAUCACAGCUGCCUCCUCUCUGGGUACCAAGGAGUGACGACAAACACAAGACACAUCCUUCAGCAUCCACCUUACUAAUAAGCUGAGCGACUCCCAGACACAGAUCCAGAUCUAGUUUGGAAUAUAUUUGUAAGAUUUAAAACACCAAAAGGUUUGUUGUCACAUUAUAUAAUGUGCACAUAUGUAAUAGGAAAUAUGUGUAAUUCAAACUAUUAAAAGCUUGUACAUUGCUAGGUAUAUACCCUUGAAAUUCUCUUAUAUAAUACAAUAAAGUUCACUGUAGCAGUCUGUGUUAAAUAGCAAAAA